AUGGAGAGAGGCCGGCCGGAGGCCGGGGAAGGCGACCCCGCCCAGCUCCAAACCCAGGAGGGCAGCCCUCAAACGCCGGUGCCCGCCCAGCGGCACGCCCAGUCCAGGCUUCGCGCGGCUCGCGAGCGCCGCCUGGUGCACACGCGCGGAGUGGACGCCCCAGACGGAGUGCCUGUCACAGGGCAGAUCAAGGAUGACAAUGGGGUCUCUGAGAUGUUUGACUAGGAGGGCAAAGGGCAGGUGAAGACGGAUGAGCUGGAGCGGCUCACGAGUCUCCUGGGCAUCAACUCCACCAAGAGCAAGUUGGCCUCCAUGGCCAAGGAUGUGGACAGAGUUAAGAAAGGGUUCUUCAACUGUGGCAACUUCCUGGCCCUGAUGGGGGUGUGCUGGGAGAAGGCCCAGAACCAAGAGGGCGAGCUGAGGGCAGUCUUGUGCAUCUUUGACAAGGAGGCCAAGGGCUACAUUGAAUGGGACAUGCUCAAGUACGUGCUCAUGAACGUAGGUGAGCCCCUCAAUGAGCAGAUGAUGAAGGAAGCCAACGAGAAUGGGGACAGGACCCUUGACUACGAGGUUCAUGGCAUGAUGACUGGGGAGUCCUUCAAGCUGGUUCAGUAG